AUGCGUCUUAUCGGAGCCGUCGAAGAGGCAUCAUUGACGAUGAAAACUUUCUUCUUCCUUCUCUGGGGCCUCGCGUGCUUCGCUAGUGCUGCCCUCAUCCCGCAUGCAAACGAUAAACAUGAUACUUCUAAGCCGGAGAAUGGAUAUAUAUCCGUUGCCUACUUCGCAAGUUGGGCCAUAUACAAUGACCACUAUCCGCAGCAUAUCCCCGCCGACAAACUCACCCACGUCCUCUACGCUUUUGCGAACCUCACUGAAACUGGUGAGGUUAGAUUAUGGGAUCAGUGGGCUGACUAUGAUAAACUCUUCCCCGGCGACCCAGAGGAAAGAGAUAUGGCCAAUAUCUACGGAUGCGUCAGACAAUUGGGUCUCCUAAAGAAAAAGAACAGACAUCUAAAAGUCCUUCUUUCAAUCGGCGGGUACACAAACUCACAAAGCUGGGCUGGGAUUCUCAAUGUUGAGGCGAACCGAAAGAACUUCGCUGAGUCGGCGGUCAAGUUGAUGCAUGACGUGGGGUUUGAUGGGCUGGACAUCGAUUGGGAGUAUCCCAAAGAAGACAGUGCAAAAGAUAUGGUGUCUCUCCUGAAGGAAGUAAGAGAGGAACUAGACAGAUGUAGCAAAGAGCAUGCGAAUGGAAAUCAUUUCCUCCUAACAAUCGCCUGCUCAGCCGGUGCGUCCAACUAUAAGGUUCUUCCGAUGUCUGAGAUGGAUCAAUAUCUCGAUUUUUGGAAUUUGAUGGCAUACGACUACGUCGGCAGUUGGGCGAAUACAACCGGCCACGCAGCUAAUCUCUAUCCCAACACCUCUAAUCCCGAAACCACACCCGCUAAUACAGAUGAUGCUAUAAAAUACUAUACCUCUAAUGGUGUACCAGCCGAGAAGAUUGUCCUCGGUAUGCCGCUUUACGGCCGCUCAUUUAUCAACACUACCGGACUAGGGCAACCCUAUGUUGAGGUUGGGACGGGCAUGGGCGAUCCAGGAGUUUGGCAUUACAAGGUUUUGCCGUUGGCUAACGCAAAAGUUGUUGAGUUACCAAGGACAGGAGCCAGCUAUAGUUACGAUGAGAAAAACAAGAUGUAUGUUUCCUACGAUACGGUGAACAUGACCAAGGUCAAGGCGGGAUAUAUCAAAAUGAAAGGCCUCGCAGGUGGGAUGUGGUGGGAGACCAGUAUGGAUAGAGUAGGGGAAAACAGCCUUAUUGGCACGCUUGUUAAAGAACUCGGUGGCACUGGUGCUUUGAAUAAAACCGAAAACUAUAUCGAUUUCUCCUGGUCGAAAUACGCAAAUGUCCGGAAAGGAUUUAAAGAAGAUGAGAAAUCAUAA